AUGUCAAUCAAAGACCUCCCUGCUGGAUGCUCUAAGGAUACGAUGCUCUCUUCGGCUCCGGACGAAGGUGGCGAGAAUCGCCUUCUCGGACCCACAAACCCGGUGUUGACGACUUUACCAAGUAACUUCAACGCUCAAAUCAAGUUUGCUUCCUGUGCUGAUGUCAUCGGCCAUAUAAGAGACCAAGCCGAAUGUCAUAAUUGCUGGGCAAGUGCUUCCGUCGGAAUGUUCAACGAUCGUGUAUGCAUCCAGUCCGGCGGUAGAAUCACGGAUAUCCUAUCUCUCGCAUACCUGACUUCAUGCUGCAAUCAUGCUAACGGAUGUCCGAAAUCGGAUGGGUGUAGGAGAGGCUCCGUGGCUGAAGGCCUGAUCUUCAUGAAAAAUCACGGCAUUGUUACUGGUGGUGAAUACAAACCGCCCAAGAAACUGGGCAACGAUGAUGGCUGCUGGCCUUAUCCAUUCCCGAAGUGCAAUCAUGUACCCGGAAUGAAAGUCAAAUACCCCAGAUGCGGGUCUAAGGUAGGGCGUCUUGCGGCGCCAUCACAUUGUGAUGGACUCCAUUGUCGUAGGGCCGGAGACGUUCACCGUGCUAAAAGCUGGGGACGCCUACCGAUAAGCCCUGAGAAGAUCAAGCAAGAAAUAUUCGAUAAUGGACCCGUUGCCGCGAUAAUGACGAUCCACGAAGAUUUCCGACUUUACAAGUCUGGUGUCUACGAGUACAAAACGGGUGCCAUGGUGGGGGCUCAUACCCUUAAACUUAUAGGUUGGGGAGUUGAGGCGGGUCAAGAGUAUUGGUUAGCAGUGAACUCUUGGAAUGAGGAAUGGGGUGACCAAGGAAAGAUCAAACUUGCAGUGGGGAAAAAUGCUUUGGAUGAGGAGUCUAGACAACAAGUGCCGAGAAGGGCAGUGAAUGAACUGGACGAAGACGCGAUGAUGGCCGAAUCGGGCGCCAAGACGCAGAAGGCCAUGGCCCAACUGAAAGAAGACGUGUUCGUGGAAAAGCAAGUCCACAGCCACUUCGAGGAAUAA